CACCACACAAUUUAGAAACAGUUCAUAACUUCAUAUACGUCUUCUGCUAGGGUUUCAUAUUCCUCCGUCACCCCGUUCCCAAUCCCACUCGAAAAUCUCCCUCUCCGUCUCAAUGAAGCCAGGUUUCAUCUGAUUCCGAUUCAUCUUCUUCUUCUCUUCGUUCACAGCAAUCUCUCUUCCCUAAUUCGUUUACCAAUUAUAAUGAAUCCAAUCUUCAUCGUUCACAACCUUCGCGUUUUCGGUCCCGGCUUGAAUCCCUUUGCACCUUAUUGUUUGGCCAAUCACUCCCGCCAGCCUCGUUAAUUCUCUUCCUCCAGUAACCCUUACGCUUCUGUUUUCAAAGCCCUUUGAUUUCUUCCUGAAAAGCAUGUAAAUUCGGAGUCUUUUUCAAAUUCAGUGCUUGUUUUUAGGGUUUCGGUUUUGACAUCUGACUGUAUAAGAAUCUAAAACUCGUUGGGAAACUACGGUUUAGGUGUUUUUUCUUUCUUUCUUUUUUCAAUUUGGAUUGUUUUGAUUAUCGUAAUUGCUGUGGUUGCGUUGAUUGUUGAGAGAGACAUGCUUGAAGAGCGGCCGAUUUCGUUGAGACAAAGUCCUUCGAGGAGGAGGUUGUUGAGACCUGGGGUUGAUACUGAUGAUAGGGGUUGGACCUCACUUCAUGUUUACGCACGGAAAGGUGAUAUCAAACUGGUAAAAAAGCUUCUCAACCAAGGAAUGGAUGUUAAUGUGACUGCAUGGGGCCCUAAAUCUAAAGGUGUGACCCCUCUCCACCUUGCUGCCGAAGGUGGUCACCUUGGAGUGAUGGAUGAACUGCUUGAGCGUGGUGCCAAUAUUGAUGCUAGAACUAAGGGUGCUUGUGGCUGGACACCGCUCCACAUUGCAGCAAAAGAGAGGAAUAGGGAUGCUGUGAAAUUCUUGGUAGAGAAUGGAGCAUUCUUGCCUCCAGAUAUGAACGAUAGCAGAUUUAAUCCUCCCCUUCAUUACUGCCCAGGACUUGAAUGGGCCUACGAGGAAAUGAAGCGACUCCGACUCCGACAGGAAGAAUUUUCUCCAGGGGAGACAUCUUGCAGCUCUGAAGGUUAAUUUGCUUUCCAGUGAUCCGGUUGAUGUUUGGUUCAUCCCUGUGAAUAAAUAUAGAACUGAUAUAAACAACUUACUAUGCAUGAGUUGCAUUAAGUAUGGGGGAUGUGUUACUAUUUUAGCGUAAGAUUGUUUGUGUUACGUCUUUUAUUCAUCGUGUCUGCACACAAUAUGCUUUUUUUUCUUCUGUUACCAGCCAUGGAAGUACCAUUAUUAUGGAGUGUUAUCUUGCUUAGAACAAUGUCACAGUCCUUCAAUAUUAAGCUGUGUUUGGUUUUGAGAAA